AUGAGUGGAAUAUUCGGAAAUCAAUUGGUGAAAGAUAAUCAAGAUGAAGCAAAGAGUGAACGAGAAGAAGAUGAAGAAGAAGAGGAAUUCGAUUCGGAUGAUUACGAUUCAGAUGAAGAUGCUGAUGAGCGUACCAUUGUCGGUAAAAAAGACUACACUAUUUCAUCGUCAGAUGUCAACUUCUACGACGAUGCGAUCAAUGUCCUCGAUAUGAUAGACAACAAGAAACUGGGUGUCAAUGAUCUCAUCAAGUUGUAUCCAAAACCUGAAAAAUCAAACACUUUUGCAACACAUCCCUAUGCGCUAAAGUACAUUCCGUAUGACGAUGCACUGAAGCUAUUCGCAGAAUUUGAAAACGUUACGAAUGAAGUUGGAAGAUUAUUCAUUGCUUUGCAGUUCUUCAUUUACUUUCACAACAAGAAAGACAAGAACAUUCAAGAACUCAUUGCUUUCUGUGAGAAGGUGGAGGAUGAUCGCUCGAAAUUGGUGAGAACAUGUGGUCCGAUAUUGUUCAAGUAUUUCAAGGUUUCUUUUUUCAACAUUCCAGCAGAUAUCGAUAGACUCUUUGACUUAUUCACUAAAGGUCGCAACACAAGCAAUGUAGUCAGGCUAUCUGAAAUUAGGGAUUUCACAACAUACAGAAAAUACAUUGAAAAUAGUAAUAAAUUUAAAUAUAAAUUCAACAAACAAGACAAACAACAACAAGAAGAAGUAGAACAACAACAACCACCAUUAAAGAGACAAAGAGUGACACCAACAUUACCUCAAGAUUGUUUCGAUAAAAUCGUUCAAAAGAUCAUUGGAUAUACACUGAUGGCAGAUACAUUCCUACAACAAGAUCUACUUCCAGAGACACAAACAGAGGAAUGGAGCCAACUGAUGGUUGAACUAUCAGGUGUUCUCUUCUCAUUGGCACUGGUAUCGAAACAGUUCUUUACCAAUGUUGGAUGUGUCUUGGAAACACUGAAUUGGACAGGACGAUUCCCAAACAAAUACAUUAAAGGACAGAUCAAUUAUGACAAACAAUUCUGUAUGUUCAAGAAAGUUCCUUCAAGCAUUCGAUACGAAGCAAUCAUCAGAACUACACCUUACAGAUUGUUGGACCAAGUAUUAAGAGGUGUCACAUCACUCACUAUUGUUGGUGAUACGCUAAAUUGGGAAUGCAUGGGCGGUGUCGAUAAAGAGUUUGAAAUGAGUUAUGAUAAUUACUACAAUAUCGAGAAGAGUAUUUUCGUCACCUAUCCACCGAUUGGAUCGAUGCCAAAUCUCACGAAACUCGUUGUUGUUGGGAGAGCCUUUAAAUUCUCCUACAAACAAAAAGCGGAAACAGGUGGACUCUAUCUUCUCAAGUAUCUCAUUGCCAACACCGGAUGCAAACUCGAACACUUUGAAUGUAUUGAACAACUCUCGCUUGGACAUCAUCCGGAAUACGAUCUCUCUUUUUUCCAGUGUCUGUUAGAACACCACGCGUCAACACUCAAACUCUUCAAGUUGAAAAGAACAGUCAAAAAUGAACCAAAAUAUUUAGCUAGACUCAGCACCAUCGUUCAAAAGCUAAAGAGGUAUCAAUCGAAACAUCAAUUCAAAUUAGAGUUUUAUGACAGUAAUCCCAAAGAUGAUUCAAUGGGAGAUACUGAAGAGGCAUAUAAAUUGGUGGAGGAAUAUAAAAAUUUGCCACCAGUGCAAAUAGAUAGUGGUGACGAUAACUAUGAUGAUGAUAGUGAAGAUGACGAUAGUGAAGAUGACGACUCUGAUUAUUAUAUAUCAAUACGAGUCUCUAGAUUGGCAAAAUUAGUCAUUCCAUUGUUUGAGAGUAAAAUUAUCGCUAUCGAUGGUAAUUGGCAAUACUCUAAAAGCAUCGUCGAUAAAGAGACAUACACCAUUAGAUCAACAGAUGUCAGUUUCUACGGUGAUGCGAUGAAUGUCAUCGAAAAGAUAGACAAAAGAAAGAUUGGUAUCGAUGAUCUCAUCAAGUUGUACCCUGAGCCUGGAAAAUCAAACGAUUUUGCAACACAUCCUUAUCUUUUAAAGUAUAUUCCUUAUGACGAUGCGCUGAAGCUAUUUGCACAAUUCGACCACGUAAAGAAUGAAAUUGGAAGAUUGUUCAUUGUUCUUCAGUUCUUCAUUUACUUCCACAACAAGAAAGACAAGAACAUUCAAGAGUUGAUUGCUUUCGGUGAAAAAGUGGAGGCUGAUCGCUCGACAAUAGUGAGAACAAGUGGUCCGAUAAUGUUCAAACAUUUCAAGGUUUCCUUUUUCAAUGUUUCUUCAGAGACCGAUAGUGCUAACAACCUAUCUAAGAUAAGAGAUUUUAAGUCUUACAGAAAAUUCAUUGAAAAUAACCGAGUACGCGAAGAACAACAACAACAAUGGAAUUCGAAAUCGCAACAACAACAAAAAUCAUUAAAGAUACUUAUAGAAACACCAAUAAUAACUCAAGAUACUAUCAUUCGUCAGAUCAUUGGAUAUUCACUGAUGGCAGAUACCUUCUUUCAACAAGAUCUGCUUCCAGAGAAAGAUGCAGAUGAAGGGAAAGAACUGAUGAUUCUUAUGUCAAGUGUUCUCUUCUCGUUAGCGAUGGUAUCGAAACAGUUCUUUACAAAUGUUGGACGUUUCUUGGAGAGUAUCGAUUGGACAGGACGAUUCCCAAACAAAUACAUUAAAGGUCAAAUCAAUUACGACAAACCAUUCUGUUUGUUCAAGAAAGUUCCUUCAAGUAUUCGAUACGAUGCACUCAUAAGAACUACACCUUAUAGAUUGCUGAACCAGACUUUUAGCGGCGUUACAUCACUCACCAUUGUUGGUGAUACGUUAGAUUGGGGCUGCAUCUAUGGGUUUAAUGUAGACUAUGAAUUGGAACGUGACAAUUACUACGAUAUUGAAAAGCGUAUUUUCGUUACCUAUCCACCGGUUGGAUCGAUGCCAAAUCUCACCAAACUCGUUGUUGUUGGAAGAGCCUUUCAAUCGCAAAGAUCUCCAGCGGAAACAGGUGGACUCUAUCUUCUCAACAAUCUCCUCAUUCUAUCAACUGUUGAAAAGUUACAUAUUCACCAUGAAACUGCUAUUAGUUUAUCAGUUAGAAGAAUCUUUGGAGCAAAUCCUAGAAUCAUCAUACAAUUAAGAGUAUAG